UCCAAAAGCAUACUUUAGGGAAGAUGUCAGCUUCAAGAUUACUGAUCUCCAUCAUUAUCAUGGUGUCUGCUUCAGAUAAUAAUUCCUGUCUGAUGACACAACUGGAAAUACAGAGCCAGAGAAUACUUCUUAAUGAAGCUUCAAGUAGUUCAUGUAUGGAUGGAAAGCAGAUGACACAGAACUAUUCAACAAUUUCUGCAGAAGGUAAUAUUUCACAGCCUGUACUGAUGGAUACAAAUGCUGUGCUUUGUUGCCCUCCUAUCGCAUUAAGAAAUUUGAUCAUAAUAACAUAGGAAAUAAUCCUGAGAGGCCAGCCUUCCUGCACAAAAGCCUACAAGAAAGAAACAAAUGAGACCAAGGAAACCAACUGUACUGAUUAGAGAAUAACUUGGGUCUCUAGACCUGAUCAGAAUUCGGACCUUCAGAUUCGUCCAGUGGCCAUCACUCAUGAUGGGUAUUACAGAUGCUUAGUGGUAACACCUCAUGGGAAUUUCCAUCAUGGAUAUCACCUCCAAGUGUUAGUUACACCUGAAGUGACCGUGUUUCAAAGCAGGAACAGGACUGCAGUAUGCAAGGCAGUUGCAGGGAAGCCAGCUGCCCAGAUCUCCUGGAUCCCAGAGGGAUCUAUUCUUGCCACUAAGCAAGAAUACUGGAGCAAUGGCACAGUGACUGUUAGGAGUACAUGCCACUGGGAGGGCCACAUGUCUACCAUGACCUGCCAUGUCUCCCAUUUGACUGGCAACAAGAGUCUGUCCAUAAAGUUGAACUCAGGUCUCAGAACCUCAGGAUCUCCAGCGUUGUCCUUACUAAUCAUUCUUUAUGUGAACUCUCUUUUUGUGGUCAUUCUGGUCACCACAGGAUUUGUUUUCUUCCAGAGGAUAAAUCAUGUCAGGUAG